AUGGCCGACGACUACAGGCGACAGGGGUUUGAGUUGGAGAGAAGAAUAUUCGACCUAGACGUCAAAUGCUCCAGUCUCAAAGCCGAGAAACCUGAUGAUGACUAUCUGCAGAAUGCAGCGUCCAUAAUAGAGAAGUUGCAUAGCUAUUUUAGGCACGGAGGAGAAAGCAGCACUCUGUCCAAGCUGCUGCAGGAUUACACACAGGUGAUUCUUGACAUCACAUUCUUCGAGGAGAAUAGACUUGUAGACUUGGAGUUCCCAGAAGAAUGUUCACCAGCAAAGAUCCAGCAACUUCUUCAAGAUUUAACUGAACCAGAGGUUUUGGCUGGAAGACUUGCACCAGGACAAGAGGUGCAGUCUGUGCUGGGUCUGGAGUUACUCGAAUGCCUUUACUGGAGACGUGGAGCUUUGCUGUACAUGUAUUGCCACACUCUUCACCAGAGAAAACAGUGGAUUAAGAAAAACAAGGAGACAUUUCUGAAGUGCAUUCAAGAAGGAGUGCGGUAUCUGAUGCGGAUGUUGCAAGUGAGGAACUCUGUGAAACUCAGUGAUGGGGUUGUCCUUCAUGACACUGCUACAGCCAACUUUCUCUCUGAAGGUGUUUUCUCAGACACACACCUAUUGACCAUGAUGUACAUUGGAGAGAUGUGUUUCUGGGCUGUGAAGUAUGAAGACUGCAGUGCGGACUCAACAGAACGCAAAGAGGACCGCCUUCAGUUUCGGGACAUUGGCACGCAGAUUCUUCAUAAAUAUAAUCUGCGGCUCCUCAGGCAGCGGUACUUCAGCAGUGGCUCUGUCUCCGAGACUGAGGAGCAACAUGACGCUCUAUCGGGAUUUUUGGAACGUUUACCGGUUGACCUACAAUUCCUCAUUCUGACCUAUCUGUCCCCCGCUGACCUCUGCCUACUUGGGGGAACUUGUCACUAUUGGAGAGGAAUGGUGAGGGACCCGCUGCUCUGGAGGUUUUUAUUACUCCGAGACAUACCUUUUUGGAAGUCCAUCGAUCACCUGAGUAUGCCUCAACUGGAACUAUUGGAUGCACCUCUGGUUGACUCGGAGGAAAGCCUGGAGGAUCGGGUGGAGGGGGUUGACAACGACUCUAAAGUUGACUACAUGUCAGAGUAUCUCAGAGGUUCUCCUUCCUGCAGACAACAGUGGCUCCCCACAUCUGCCCCCUACAAAGUGGUCACUUCAUUUUUUCAGUCCUUGGUGGCCUCAGCAGAACCACGCUAUGCCAUGUUUGGACCAGGCAUGGAGCAGCUGGAGGUGUCUUUUGUCACAAAGCUGAUGAAUUCUCCAGACCUGCUUCCUGUGUCAGUGUCAGGCACAUCUCACAGAAAGAUGCACGGUAUUGGCUCUGGUAUCACUUACCUAUUUGACAACCAACAUAAAUUCAACAUUUUGACACUUUACUCCACAAAUAGGGCUGAGAGAGAGAGAGCCAGAAUGCAGCAACAAAACGUCGAUAACAAACUGUUCACUGUGGAAUUAAACGCUGGAUCUGAAGUCCCGACGUUCAGCCCAACUCCACAUGUGCAGCAAGUGUGUCAGGCAGUGGACGGCUUCAUCUACGUGGCCAAUGCUGAGCGAGCUGAUGGGAGUGAGAAUGAGCCGGCUCAGGUCCGGGCUUUGUUGAGCUCAGCCUGGGGCUCCACGUCCAGGCCACUCCUGGUGUUGUCCUGUGUCUCCAGAGAGGAGCCUCCGACCCCACACAGAGUCCCCUGCAUCCACAUGGCCAAGAGGCUGGAGCUGGCAGCACUGGAAAACCCCUGGAUGGUCCAGGAUGUAGCAGCAGAUUCACUUUCAGGGCUUCUAGAUGGCCUUUCAUGGAUACUGAGCCCUGCUUUCGCCCGGAUCUGGCCUGAUUCCUGCAGCGCUGGGACCCCGGGCUCCGCAGACUGGUCUGUCUCUGCUCCCGAGUCCCUGCGCUCCGCUUCCAUCAUGAUUAAAGCCAUUCUCAUCUUCAACAACCAUGGGAAACCGCGGCUCUCCAAAUUCUACGAGCACUAUUCAGAAGACACAGAGCAGCAGAUCAUUAGAGAAACCUUUCACUUGGUCUCAAAAAGAGAUGAAAACGUUUGUAAUUUCCUUGAAGGUGGAAUGCUGAUUGGAGGAUCAGACUACAAGCUCAUCUACAGACACUACGCAACUUUAUAUUUUGUCUUUUGCGUGGACUCAUCUGAGAGUGAACUAGGAAUCUUAGACUUAAUCCAGGUCUUUGUGGAGACUUUGGACAAGUGCUUUGAGAAUGUUUGUGAACUUGACUUAAUCUUCCAUGUAGAUAAGGUUCAUAAUAUUCUGGCUGAGAUGGUGAUGGGAGGCAUGGUCCUAGAGACUAACAUGAAUGAGAUCAUCACACAAGUGGAUGCUCAGAACAAGAUGGAGAAGUCUGAGGCCGGGAUAGCAGGGGCCCCCGCUCGCGCCGUGUCUGCUGUAAAGAACAUGAACCUCCCAGAAAUGCCCCGAAACAUCAACAUAGGCGACAUCAGUAUAAAAGUGCCAAACUUGCCCUCCUUCAAAUAG